CCAAGCACUUAACUCUCCAAUUCCUCCGACCCUCUCUUGUACAACUGAGAUUCAUUGUGCAUUCUUAUAUACUUGCUAGCACGCCGUCAGUUCACAUCAGACGGCGCCUGUUGACACGUAUAAAUCCGAGCAAGCCUUCGUCGCUACACUUCCACCUGUACUUACGACUCGAUUAUACCAAAAUGGCUGCUCAGGCUGUCCAGAACUACGACUACCUUCGACGGAAAGAUUCGCAACGACAAGGCCCUUCUUCACUCUCGCGCAAGCCCAUCAGAACCCCAAGCGAAAGAGUCAGCAAUGGCACGGUCAAUUCAUCCACAAGCGCGUCCACCGGCAGAGACUCUGCUGGUACUCAAAUCACAGAACCCGCUCAACAACCGCCAAAGUACCAUAAGAAAUUCGUCGUUGUCGGUGAUGGUGGCUGUGGAAAGACGUGCCUUCUCAUCAGUUAUAGUCAAGGUUACUUCCCAGAGAAAUAUGUACCGACUGUUUUCGAGAAUUACAUAACACAGACUCCACAUUCCCCAACUGGUGAAAUGGUUGAGCUUGCUCUGUGGGAUACCGCCGGACAGGAAGAAUACGACCGUCUUCGUCCGCUCUCCUACCCCGAGACCGAUCUCUUGUUCGUCUGCUUUGCGAUCGAUUGCCCGAAUUCUCUCGAGAAUGUCAUGGAUAAGUGGUAUCCCGAAGUCCUCCACUUUUGUCCCACCACACCCAUCAUACUCGUCGGCCUCAAAUCUGAUCUCCGCUUCAAGAAAAACUGCAUCGACUUACUACGAACCCAAGGACUCACUCCGGUCACUCCAGAACAAGGCCGUGGAGUAGCGCAAAAGAUGGGCGCGUUAUAUAUGGAGUGUAGCAGCAAAGAGAUGCGUGGUGUGGAGGAGAUUUUUGACACAGCCAUCAACCUCUCCAUUGGAGAAGACAAAGGGGGCGAUCAAGGUGGACUCGUCGUACCUUCUGGAUUCAAGAAGCCCAAGAGGUCGAAGUGCAAGAUUCUAUGAACCGAAUCAUAUCUGUACUGCAUUAUUUCUUCGACAGCGUCUUGGGGCAUCCGCAGGCCGGCCCGUCACGGUACAUGGAACGACAUCUCAAGUAUCCAACUCUUUCUUCUGUUUGCAUAAUAGCCACGGAAUUUUUCUCUUGGGGCGGGCAUACAACAUCGGCGUUCAUAGGGGCUCAGAAAGGCGAGGAUUGAACAUGUGAGCGACGACCAAUCGACAUGAACAUUCUCCUUCUUGCUUCAUUUCAUGUGGCGUUCUAUACAGAAUAACGACUUUGACUUAAUAUCGUUCCACCUUUACCGUAAUACCUCGUUCUCUGUCUCGCCCCUGUGUAGUCACUGCUUAUAUGGGGUAUCAUAAACCAAUACGCCUGACCCUAUUUUGCUAAACACGCCUCAUUCAUUCAUCACUUCUCCUCGGUGCCCACCGUGAUCUCCGU